AUGAAGCAGCAAGUACUGUGUAUCCUAGCAAUUGCCAUCGUUGUGGCUAUAAAUGUAACCACAGCUAAAGAUAAUAAACAAAUCAGAAGAAAAGCCAAUAGAUCCAUUGCGAAAUAUGAAAAUAAUAAACAAAUCGGAAGAAAAGCCAAUAGAUCCAUUGCGAAAUAUGAAAAUUUGACUCAUCAUCAAGGGGAUAUUAUGAAUAAAUAUCUGGCCAAAUUAAAUGAUUAUCUUAGUGAAAUGGUGCAAAAAUAUGGCAUUGAAAGAAACAAUUUUCAAUUCGACCCAUCAUGUUCGUUGUCGAACUAUCAUGAACCUCACCGUAUGGCUACCACUUACAAAGAACUUGUGGAAGAACUGACGAAAAUGAAAGAGGAAUAUGGCAAUCUUUUCAACCCAAAUAAUGAAGAUCUUACUAACUAUAGAAAAACCUAUGAAGGGAUUAAAGGAAAAGAUUUGAUCCACCCCUACGAAAAUUGCUACAGUGAUAUGUUUUCAAGACACCCAAUCGACGUCAAGCACCUGAUAGACUUGAUGAAAGCUGCAGAUGAUGCAUCCUGGCUCUUUUUUAAAUAUGAUGCCAUUCUAAGGGCGUACAAAAAUUUGAGCCUUCCUUUCUAAAAGAGGAUGUGUAUCUGGUAUUUGGCACCCUGGUGUUCAUUUCACUAUGAGGAAAACGUUUAUUAAUGAACUAAUUAUUUGCAAUAUUUAUAACAUAAAAUUU